GGUCACUUCCUGUAUCAUAAUACACAGAGCCAUGUUUCAUGUUACUACGUUGUUAGCGUAAUUGUUUUGUAUGUUUUGCAGUAACAUCGGUUAAGGAUUCGUUUGAUACACUCUUUACUCUCUAGACUUCAAAAUGAGUGUGGGGUUUAUCGGAGCGGGUCAGUUGGCCCAUGCUUUAGUGAAAGGAUUCACGGCUGCAGGUGUGAUUGCCACCAAGAGAAUCACUGCUAGUUCCCCAGACACAGACCUCCCCACAGUGUCAGGACUAAGGAGAAUGGGUGUCAAUCUCACCACUAGCAACAAAGAGGUGGUUCAGAACAGCGAUGUUCUGUUCCUGGCCGUCAAACCACACAUCAUCCCAUUUGUGUUGGAUGAGAUCGGACCUGACAUUGAAGACCGCCAUCUCAUUGUGUCCUGUGCAGCUGGGGUGACCAUCAGCUCCAUAGAGAAGAAACUGCUCCAGUACCGCCAGUCCCCAAAAGUAAUGCGCUGCAUGACCAAUACCCCCGUGGUGGUUCGAGAGGGCGCCACGGUCUAUGCCACGGGUACCCACGCCGAGGUGGAGGACGGCAGGCUGCUGGAGCAGCUGAUGGCCAGCGUGGGCUACUGCACGGAGGUGGAGGAGGACCUGAUCGAUGCUGUCACUGGACUCAGCGGCAGCGGACCGGCUUAUGCAUUCACAGCUGUCGAAGCACUUGCUGACGGUGGGGUGAAAAUGGGUCUUCCCAGGAGGCUCGCUGUACGUCUAGGAGCACAGGCCCUGCUGGGAGCUGCCAAAAUGCUGUUGGAGUCCGAUAUGCACCCAGGCCAACUAAAGGACAAUGUGUGUUCCCCAGGAGGGGCCACCAUCCACGCUCUGCAUGUUAUGGAGAGUGGAGGCUUCCGUUCCUUGCUCAUCAACGCAGUGGAAGCCUCCUGCAUUAGGACCAGAGAGCUCCAGUUUUUGGCUGACCAGGAAAAGAUCUCCCCUGCAGCUAUCAAGAAGACCACACUGGACAAGGUUUUGCAGCAGCCAGGAGUGGGAACAGGUGUGGGUGUCCGGUCUGGGAUCAGCCUGUUCAACAACAACCACCCCAGAAAUAAGAAGUGAUUGAGCUGAGUGGCCUCGAUCACAGAACAUUCAUAAGUGCACAUUAGCUAAACAUUUUGCAACUGUAAAGGUUUUUGUUACAAAAACAAGUUUCUUGGACAAAUUGAUAUAGUGUCCCGUCCCCCCCAUAUAGACUACAUCAAUUGUCAUAAGCACAAUUUAAUUUAAGUAACACAAUGUGUAAAUACAUUUGAUUGCACACUAGCAUGGAGAAACAAUGCGUGUGCAUUGUUUUGGCUAGACCCCUGACCUGGAAGGUAUAUAAACUCACUGACGAUGUUUCUACCUAGUAACUAAAAUGUCAGUUGUACAAGUGCUAUUGGUGACGAUAGAAUUGUCAGAUGUUUUUCGUUGCUUCCCAACAACCUGUUUUCUGUUUAUGGAGCUUGAAAUACUAACAGAACCAGAAAUCCUACAUCAUUACUCAUUCCCUUCCCGUCCUUUUGUCUGUUCACUAAGAUGGACCUGUAAUAACAAACAUCAGGUCAGAAUUCCAUUUACUGCAAUAAAUGGUGGACAAAGUUAGAGGAA